CGCUUGUGUCGACGGAACGGGCAGCCAUAAUUGAAAUUCUUCUUAUAUUUAUAGCGCAACUGGUUGUGUUUCGGGUUAAAUAAUGUGCCGACCUCAGUGACAGAAACUUCUGGAUGGCUCUAACGUUACAAGUCGCAGGCGGUCGGCGGGCGUCAUCGUUGGCUGUUGUUGUGACGGGCACAAACCGGGUGGAAGCGACCAAUGAGUCAGCAGCUGAUCGAGGUUAAUUUUACCCAACGGACCUAUAUAUAAGUCUAACGUCCCUGGCAACAACAAAACAAAAUCUGCACAAGAGACCUGGUCGCUUCUUUUAUUCGCAAUCAUUGGGGUUUUUGCGAGGUUAACGAUGGCGGUUCCAGUAGCCGCAUUACAAGUGAACGCAUCGUCCGGCCCGAGUCUGCUGGAGCACACCAUCCACAUGAGCAUUCCGAGCGACAAGGAAAACAACACUCUGCCUCUGCAUUCACCCUGGACCUUCUGGCUAGAUAGAUCUCUACCAGGAGCAACAGCCGCUGAGUGCGAGUCAAACCUGAAGAAAAUCUACACCGUGGACACCGUCCAGAACUUUUGGAGAGUUUACAACAACAUACCCGGGGUCUCUAACCUGCCGCUGAGAUGCAGCUAUCAUCUGAUGAGAGGAGAGAGAAAACCGCUCUGGGAAGAAGACAGCAAUGCCAAAGGGGGUGUUUGGAAGAUGAAAGUACCCAAAGAAUGCACCUCUGCCGUAUGGAAGGAGUUGCUAUUGGCUACCAUUGGGGAGCAGUUCAGUGACUUUUGUGCCUCAGACGACGAAGUCGUCGGCGUCAGCGUCAGUGUGAGAGAGAGAGAAGACGUGUUUCAGGUCUGGAACGGAAACGCUUCUUGUGCCAACGAGUCCAACAUCUUGGGGCGGAUCAAUGAGCUCCUUCCACAAACGCCGUUCAAAGCUGUGUUUUACAAACCACACGAGGAGCAUCACGCCUUCGAGGGAGGUCGACGGCAUUAGCACAUUUUUGAACGUCGGGACGAUCUUGUACAUGUUUUAUCGAUGCUGAACAUGUUCAACAAUAUUUGGGGCCGUUUUGAGUUUAUAGUUACUCACAAAAUUAUCUUUGUUACCUCAACAUGUGGCCCGUUAUCAUUUUCAAUUGAUGGAGUUUACCAUCUUCAGAGCACUGGUGUAGUUCAUUAUAAUGACUGAAAGUUUUAGUCUACUGCGAAAACCUUUUAGUUUGUGUCAGUGUUUGUAUGUUUUUUUAUACUUCAACGUUUUUUCAAAUCCUCAACCAAAACAACAUCAUCAUGUACAUGCCAGCUUUUUUAGAUGUAUUAUGGCAUUUGGUGCCAUUUCCUGAGCACAGACAGAGCUAUGUCUUUUGAUUAAAAUCUCCUUUUGGGAUCUAAGAGGAAGGUUAGUUGCAUAAAGCAGACCUUUAUCUUAACAAUACAAUACAAGGCUUUUCUAGUGAGCUGUCUUCUCUGUUGUGUUACAGCCAAAAUAGUGUCGCUUAAAAUAAUGUUUUAGUAUGCUGGAAUGAUUAUAUAUGAGAGUUGCACUUUUUUUUUUCAGGAAUAUGUUACAAAAAAUGAUCUCAGUCCACAAAUCAACAAGAGUAAAUGCUGAGAAAUAUAUGCAAUCAUUUCUAUUUGGUAGAAUU